CGCGCCGAGUGGGCCGAGGACGAACACUCAAUGCGCACCUGACACGCGGGACGCUGAGGAAGUGGAGCCGCGCGGGACCCGUCCAGUCUGGAGACGCGCACGCGGAGCGCUCGUGUGUGAUGGAGCGAUCCUCUGAUGUUUUUGGAACUUUUCUCCCCACGCACGCACGGAUGGAAUGCGCAUGCUUGAGCGAGCUGCAGCUUCUGUGAGCUCCAGCAGAGAGCCGGUGACCCCCGCGGCUCCCCCGGAGCACCGCGCCUCCCGCCCGGCCUCCUCCGCCGAGCUCCGGCGAUCGUUCAUAUGAGCGCGGCGUUCAGCCCCUCCUUCAUGGUGAUGCAGCGGCCACUCGGAAGCACCACCGCCUUCAGCAUCGACUCUCUGAUCGGGGGCCCCCCGCAGCCCAGCCCGGGACACUUCGUGUACACCGGGUACCCGAUGUUCAUGCCGUACCGGUCGGUGGUGCUCCAGCCGCCCCCGCCGCCCCCUCCGGCUUUGCAGCCGGCCCUCUCCGCGGGCCCCCACCCGCACGCGCCGCUGCCCAGCUUGCAGAGCGGCUUCUGCUCCAGCCUGGCGCAGGGGCUGACGCAGGGCAUGGCGCUCACCUCCACGCUCAUGGCCUCGCUGCCCGGCGGCUUCUCCCCGUCCCAGCAGCACCAGGAGGCCGCGAGGAAGUUCGGCGCGCAGGCGCUGCACGCCGCUUUCGACAAGGCGCAGGAGCUGCGCGCGGACGCGGAGGACGGGAAGAGUUUCCUGACGGGGAAGGAAGCCGCGCUGCCUGCUUUCCACGAGACGGACACGGCCCUGCAGGCUUCCACAGUCAGAGCUCACAGUAAGGAAGACUCCAAGGAUGAAGAGUGCGCGCGCAAAGAUGAGAGUUUCUCCAUGGACAGCGACCUGGACUACAGCUCCGAUGACAACCUCACCUCUGUUGGCCACAAGGAGGACGGGGACGGCCUGGAGGACGGCCCGCACCUGCACGGCUCCGGGAUUGGCGGGGGUGGUGGCUCCGGCGGCGUGGUGAGCGGCGGCUCUGGCGGCGGGAAGAACCGUCGGCGAAGGACCGCGUUCACGAGCGAGCAGCUGCUGGAGCUGGAGAAGGAGUUCCACUGCAAGAAGUACCUGUCCUUAACGGAGCGCUCCCAGAUCGCGCACGCGCUCAAGCUGAGCGAAGUGCAGGUGAAGAUCUGGUUCCAGAACCGGCGGGCCAAGUGGAAACGGGUCAAAGCUGGAAACGUCAACAACAAGUCCGGGGAGCCGUCCCGGAACCCCAAGAUAGUGGUUCCGAUCCCCGUGCACGUGAGCCGCUUUGCGAUCAGGAGUCAGCACCAGCAGAUGGAGCAGGCCCGACCCUAGGAGGCUCGCUUCUGCUCAUGCGCAGAUCCUAAGCAGAACUGAGUAAAAGAAGUGACUGAACAUUUUCAGAAAAAAAUCAAAUCAAGACAAACAGAGACUGAAGAUGAACAAACGUUUUCAUAAACAAUCAAAUGGAAAAAAAACUCGGUGAAUAUUAAUGAAAAAAUGUGAAUUUAAUUUAUGAAUCUGUGAAGAUUAAACUGUUGCAGCUCUGACACAGCGCUGGUUUCAGACUUUUUGAAUAUUAAAAACACGCAUUCGUAGUCUUAGCGCGUGCGUGGAAUGUCCCACUUAUUUAUUUGGCGCAUCAAUUUGCCAAAGAAUACAGGUGGGCACGCGAGUUAAUGCGUAGAAAAUAAGAUUCCACAUUCCUUUUGUAUUUUUAAGGCUUCUAACCUUGAGUUAUUUUAUUUCAAACAAAUUUUCAUAUAAAGUUUUAACACACAUUUAUGUGAAAUUAAUAUCAAAUUUCUUCUAAAACUCAUAAUUUUUAAAAAUGAACUUGUUCUUUUCUGUGAUUUUGAUCAGUGAGGCUUAGUUUGACAGCGUGACGUCACUGCGUCAGCGUACGUUUCUCUUCGGUCUCAAACACACCGAACAAGAAAUAGAACCUGAUGGUUUCCGGGUGACAGCACCUGGCGCGUGCGUUCAAGGGGGCCACGUUUGGCACGCGCCCCCCGAGCGGACCGAAAAUUCAGUAGCAUUGUCAAGCCGCGAAGGUGGACCCCACCAGAACCACGUUCAGGCGGUGCCACCGGAAGUGAACAUUUUUAAGGUACUUCAAAAUCCAAACUUUUCUCCUUUUUUUUUUUUUUUUACAUUUAAACGAGCAGAAUUGAUAAUUUUUUUCGAUGAGCUGAUCUACAUUUUAUAUAGGUAAGAGGUUACAGAAGUCCUGUUAGAUAAAAACAAAAAAAGUAUUAACUGAGUUAAUCAGUAAAUCUUUUUUCUUUUACUAUUUAGAAAGGUUGUAUUACAAUAUAAAAUAUGUACAUUUUGACCUUUUAAUCCAAAAUUAACAAUAACAUUUUACCUUUUUUAUAUUAUAAACAUGUUUAAUUUGAAAAGUUGGAUAAUUUUCAGUUGCAUUGUUAAAAAUGUUUGAUUAUUUGCAUUAGGAGUAAUACAAAAAAGUAGGAGUUUAAACGAGGAUUUCUUUAUUUACAACAGUAAUUACAAAUGCUAAAAUGUUAUUCAAUUAGGAAAAUACAAAUAUAAAUGCAUUAACUACAAAUAUGGUCCCAGCAAAUGACAAGAGCCAGAGAUACAGUGACUUUUAGAUUCAGUAAAAGCUACAAGAGACCAACUUUUUAACAGGUUCUGCAGCCAAGCAGACGUUUGUCAGAAAAUUUUCUUGCAAUUGUAAUCAAGCCGGGCCUUUACAGGAGGCCGACGAAUGAGACCCAGGGGAAUUGUCCUAAUUCAAGAUCCGUCCUUCACCACCUUAUCAUCCUCCGGGAAUUUGCAGCCGUAUACGCAUCUGAUUUUCCUACUGACGUCCAAAAUCUCAUACUUCUGAGGGCAUUCAUUUCUGGUAGAUGAUGUGUAAAAACACAUCAGCUUUCAGAAAAAAUGUCCAAACUUAGCUUAGAUUAAAAAAAAAAAAAAAAACACCUGAUGGAGAAAAAAAUUCAUCUGAAAGAUUAAUUGGGAAUGUGAACAAAAUUCUGUGACAUUUGUGGAAUUGAUCAUUAAAUUGCCUAAAAGAGCCUAAAUCUGCCAGACAAAUAGAAUUCUUUUAAAUGUAGCCACAUAUGUAGUUGUGUUUUGUUACCUUCAGAUCAAAUGUUGCACAUUUCACUAAAGUUAAACUAAAUCUUUUGUUUUUUUAAAUAGAAAAAUGUUGAGCAUGUUUGCAGGAUGGGCUGCUACACCAAUUAACAAAAACUCAGUUGACUUAGUGUUUACAUUGUAGCAGCUCCUCACUGUUUAAUUAUAAUAUAGAUUUGUAAUGUGAACAUCAGUGAAGGGUGAGAAAAACAUUUUUUUAUCAGAGACGUACAAAUAUUCUAUAAAAAAAACCAAAAGACUUGUAUAACUUAAAGCAUUUUGUUGGAAAAUCCAGCAAAAUACUGUUACUGGUCAA